AAAAAAAAAAAAAAACGUACGCCAUGGAUGCCGAUGAAGCCUUUGCUCGCUAUUUACAUGAACAAGACAUGCUGGAAAUAGAAGCCAUGGAGAAAGCAGAUCGAGCCAUGGCAAGGCAACUCCAAUCACAACCAAUUAUUGAUCUCACACAAGAGAACGAACCCCCCACCCUCCCUUCUGUAAACACCCACUUUCUGUCGGAUUAUGCGCUUGCGCUCCGUCUUCAAAAUGAAAACGACUCACCCGACGCUGCUUUGGCCAGACAGUUGCUUCACACCGUAGACGCUGACAUCCUUACCCAAGAAAACCCCGACCUGUACCAACUAUUCAUGUAUUUCAACAAGGUUUAUUUCAGCAAUAUGCUGGAUAGUGUGCAAGUUAAAUGGUCAACUCGAAUGACACGCUGUGCUGGAACAUGUACUUAUAAGAAAAAUUUUGAAUGUAUCGUUGCUUUAUCCGAACCUUUACUCAAAUUCAGGACCAAGAAAGACAUGUUUGAAACUUUGCUGCAUGAAAUGAUACAUGCCUUGUUAUUCAUUCAACAAAAUAAUACAGACAGAGAUGCUCAUGGGCCUGAAUUUUUAAAAGAAGCGAAAAGAAUAAGUCAAGCUGCCAAUCUCAAUAUCACAGUUUAUCACACGUUUCAUGAUGAAGUGGAUUAUUAUAAAACACACGUCUGGAAAUGCAAUGGUAAAUGUCAAUAUGCGCCUCCCUACUUUGGUAUAGUUAAACGGGCCGUGAACAGACCUCCACAACCUGCAGAUAAUUGGUAUGAAGCGCAUCAGCGUGAAUGUGGUGGUACCUAUACCAAAAUCAGCAGCCCUCCCUCUUCUAGUAACAAACGAAAAGAAUCCAACAAUACCACACUUGAUAAUUUCUUUGAUCCUUCUACCAACAAGAAAUGUAGAAAGUGAUAUUAAAAAAAAAGCAAAAUAUAUAUGUAUAUAAAUAAUUGUAU